AUGAAGAAGACGGUGCGGCUGCUGGGAGGGCCGGGGAGCGAGGAGGGGGCGCCCUGCGGGGCCCACGCUGCCUUCCAGGCUGACGUGUCCGAGGCCGGGGCCGUCAGGCGCUUGCUGGAGCAAGUGCAGGCCUGCUUUUCUCGCCCGCCAUCUGUCGUUGUGUCCUGUGCGGGCAUCACCAGGGAUGAGUUUCUGCUCCACAUGUCGGAAGAUGACUGGGACAGAGUCAUAGCUGUCAACCUCAAGGGCAUCUUCCUAGUCAAUCAGGCUGCAGCCCAAGCCCUGGUGUCCAGUGGCUGUCCUGGCUCCAUCAUCAACAUCAGUAGCAUCGUAGGGAAGGUGGGGAAUAUGGGACAGACAAACUACGCAGCAUCCAAGGCUGGAGUGAUUGGGCUGACCCAGACUGCAGCCCGGGAGUUCGGACGACAUGGGAUCCGCUGUAACUCUGUCCUCCCAGGGUUCAUUAAAACACCCAUGAUACAGAAAGUGCCUCAGAAAGUGCUGGAUAAGGUGACUGGAAUGAUCCCAAUGGGACGUGUAGGGGACCCUGAGGAUGUGGCAGAUGUGGUCGCAUUCUUGGCAUCUGGAGACAGUGGAUACAUCACAGGGGCAUCAGUAGAAGUCACUGGAGGUCUUUUCAUGUAACUGCCUCAAGGACCCUGGACUCUGCUCACACCCCCACCGCUCUGCUUGGCCUCCUGCUGCUGAGGACUCUGAGUUCCCAGGCUACAAAAGGGGUGGCAGUGUAUGGCUCAGGAAUGCUGAAUAUGGGAGGCAGGGGUGCUUGUGACCCUAAUAAAUUCCAAAUCCUCUUCCCUGCCA